AUGUCAGUAGAUUGCCCACCUUCAUCUCCUGUGAGAUUCAGGUUGUCAAGUCCGAUGACUAGCAAAAGUUAUGACAAAUCAGGGAAAGAUGCCCAACUAAACUCAACUAUAAUGAACUCCAAACCAAUGCCUACUCCAGAUCCUUCUUCAAGUAUUGGUAUGGGAAUGUCAUCUCCUGUGAAGAAUCGUGAUACUAUUCCUACUUCACCUGUUAAUGCAAAAGGUUCACGAGUAACUUCAAUUGAUGUAGAUUUGGAAAAGAAUAGUAUAACUCGUCUAACGAUUGGGAGAAAGAAAUCUGUUUGUGAUAUUGUUUUACCUAAUCGUCAAAAUAUCUCUAGACAACAUGCUUUUAUCACUUAUUUAAACAAAGAAAACCAAUUAAAAAUUAAAUGUAAUGGUACUAAUGGUAUCAUUGUCUUAUUAUCUUCAAAUGGUAUUCGUUGCAAUCUUUCCUAUAUUAAUAAAGAAGAACAUAUUUAUAAGAUGUCAUUGGAUGGCCCACCUGAAAAGGCACAAGUUUUAACAUCUUUUGUUCUAGUGAAGGGAGAAACCGUAGUCAUGCCAUAUUUAGAAGGUAUUAAAAUUAAUUUUAGACAAGCUGAAGUGGCAUUACAUAUAAAGGAAAAUGCUUUAGAAAGUAACGAAGGAAGUGCCACUGAAAGUGAGGAUGAAGCUUCUAUGUUACCUAUCACAACAGAUUCAUUCCAUAAUCCACCAGAUACCCCAACCAAGAUGUCCCUUUAUAAUAAACAAAUUUCUUUAUCGAAUGUAACUGGAAAGAAAUUACCUCAUAAAAAUGAUUACAAUUUAUCAAGAAAUUCUGUCGUAGAAAGUCAUACAUUCUUUCAGAAUACCAAUGUAACACCUUUAUUGCAACCACCUGUACAGGAUCCAGCUACUCCAAAAAAAAUUGUUGAUCCUUCAUUUGGGUUGCACAAUAACUAUGAAACACCAAUCCAAGGUCCAGAUCAAAAUAUUGAAGCUAAAAAUAACUCUUCAGCUAACAUAAGAAAGGAAAUGUUUGGUGAUAUUGAACCCGUGUUUAACUUUAGUACUACUCCAAAGGAGGAAUCAUUUGAAACACCUAAUAAGAGACAAAAAUUAAAUAAUCCAAGGUUGCAAUCACCAUUACCAUCUGAAUUAUCAACCAAUACCCAACAUGCUUCUUUGAAAAAACAAAAGGGAAGGUCUAAAAAAGCUAAAUCGUCAAAGGAAAAUGCAGCUUCCUCGAAUCUGACAAUAAAGGAUCUCGAAGAAAAGGGAAUAAACUGUGCUGAAAUUCAGCAUAUACUUGCUAAUCAUUUAGCAUUCGCUGCCCAACAACAAACGCCUCUUUCGCAAUUACAAAAUACAAGCCAUAGCAUAUCUAAAUUAAAUAGUGAGGAACUGCGUCUCUUAUUGGAAACUGAGAAAUCAAUUGGUGUCAUUAAGCGUGAAGGUAAAGAUGCGGCAGGUAAACUACUAGAGGAAGAAUUUUAUUAUGAUAUAGAAAAUGAUUAUGAUGAAGAUAGAAGAGCUCUUGUAACAUGUCUGAAAGGUGGAAGGGCUGGUAUAAGAUCAAGUAGGAAGAGUCACAAACAAUACUUCUGGAAAAAACCAGGUAAGAAAUAA